AUGAAGAAGAUACAAGAAGAGAAGAUAUAUUAUUUAGUAGCAUCUACUACAUUAUUAACUUCACUGAUAGAAGAUGAUAUCAUUUUAGGAUAUGAAUGUAUUCUAGGAUAAUUAGAGAAUUCAAAAUUGACUUAAAGUUGA